AUGAUAGACGAAAUCAAAAAAAAGGUUAAAUACAAUCAAUAAUGUCCAUAUAUAGCUACAAUUUGUAGACAUAUGCUUGAUUUCGAUUUUGAAAAAUUAUGCUCUGUUACUCUUUCAAAUCUUAAUGUCUAUGCUUGUCUCAUUUGUGGCAAAUAUUAUUAAGGCAAAUCUAUUAAUACCUAAGCUUAUAUUCAUUCACUUGAAUAAGAUCACCACCUAUUUAUGAAUCUUCAAAAUACUAAAAUAUAUUGUCUCCCUGAUAAUUAUGAAGUUGUUGAUCAUUCACUUGAAGAUAUCCAAUAUAAUCUGGAUCCUAAAUUCAAUAAUCUUAAAGAAUUGGAUUAUAAUAGUGAAGAAUCAAGAGCCUUAGAUGGUACUACUUUCCUGCCUGGAUUUGUAGGCUUGAAUAAUCUAAGUAAAUCAGACUAUUUCAAUGUUGUUAUGCAAGCUUUAUGUCGUAUCAAACCAUUAAGAAAUUUUAUGAUAUUCCUUUAAUUUCAAAAAAGUGCAACAGAGCCUUUUGAUUAUAAUUGUCUUUUAUCUUAAAGAGUUUCAGAAUUAACUAGAAAAAUCUGGAAUCCUAGAAAUUAUAAAGGUCAUGUAAGUCCUCAUGAGUUACUAUAAGCUAUCACACUUAAAAGUAAUAAAUAAUUCAAAAUCGGAUAACAAUCAGAUCCAAUGCAUUUAAUAAUUUGGUUUUUAGAUAAUCUCAAAAAAGAAUUAUUGCACAUCAAUAAAAUAAAUACAAUAAUUUCUGAUUGUUUCCAGGGAGAGCUUUAAUACGAAUGGUACAAACCUCUAAAAAAUGCUAUCGGGUAUCAAUCCACUCCAAUGAUUGAGUAAAAAUCUUUCUUGUAUAAUAUCUCACCUUAAAUUACAUAGUUAUUUAUCUCUAGAUUUACCUUCUACUCCACUCCAAAAAGAUGGCAAUUAAAAAGCGCUUAUUCCUAGUAUAUCCAUUUAAGAAUUAAUCAAAAAGUAUGAUGGUUUUACCAACACUGAUAGUGCUGAUGGCCGCAGAAGAUACACUAUUACUAAGUUCCCAAAGUAAUUUCUUUUUUUAUAUUAGAUACUUGAUUCUUCAUAUGAAGAGAUUUAUCAAAAAUAAUUUCUUUAUGGAAAAGAACCCAACUAUUGUUACAUUCCCAUUAAUCGAUUUGGAUUUAAGUUAAUGUAAGAAUCACUAUUAUUUUAGGCUUAAACUUACAGUAAUAAAAUAUUAAAUAUAAUCUAAUAGCUAAUAUUUGUCAUGAAGGAACUGCAAAAGUUGGAAUUUAUAAAAUACAUGUUAAAAAUGAGGCAAAUAACCAAUGGUUUUAGAUUCAAGAUUUACAUAGAUAAAAUAUUGUUCCUUAAUUAAUUAGUGUAAGUGAAGCUUAUGUAUAAAUUUAUGAAUUAUAAUAAUAACAACAAUGA